ACCUGAAUGUGAACUAAUUUAACAGAUGCACACUGACAUAGUUUGUGAUUGUUGCAUUUACCACUUUGUACAACGGGUGCAGCAGCCUAAGCAGAAUGGGGAAUGCAUUGAAGAUGGGCGUACGGACUGUCCAGAGGUUUAAUGCAGAGAAUCGAGCCCAUAGGUUAUUGGAUAAAGACAAGAUACGAUCGGCACCGAGACACCCGACCACUGCAAAAGAAAUCCAGGAGUUGCAGCAAAAAAACCCAGAUGUCUUGGAGCAGCAACAGAAAAAGGACGAGAGACUGUUGGGAUUCCUACAGAACAUUAGGGUGGACUCGAUGGACCCAGAACAGCAGAAAUUACAGCCUGAGGAAACUACAGAGCCGAAACCGUCAGUGUCCAAAAUGCACCGCACGCUGCCCUCAAACAGAAAGCCGCUAGCUGAAGCUACGACGAUGUUUGAAGUGCCCGAUGAGGUGCCGGAGGGGCGACUGACAGUGCCCAUGGCUAUGGAGAUACUUGCCAAACACAAACGCAACCCUAAGGAAUGGCCAGUAGAGAGAUUAGCCACAGAUUACAAACUCGAUUUGACCGACACCCAAAACAUCCUGGAGUAUUUCCAGUCCUUCAAAGUCAUCCCGAUAGAGAGCAGCCCCAAUCCUCCCCCUGUCCGCCUCAUGGGAAGGUGAUGAAUAUGCAAUGAUAUGUAAAUGAGGUCAUUUAGGGUUGCACCACCUACUAGUGGGGAGGAGCUAUGAUUAAGUGUAAUAUAUGUGUGUAAGAAAAGAAACCAUGUGCAAAGGUCAUGUGAUGUAUACCAUGUGAUUAAAGUGUAAACUUAUUUUGGAAUAAUUAGUUCAAACUUUUUUCAAGAAAGCAGCCGAUGUCUUCCUUACACAAGUUCCCAAAAUAGCUCAACAGAAAAAAACAUGGUUCCUGGGAUUUCAAACGGAAUAAUAUCUGAAGGUGAUUAUCUUCACGAGUGGUAUAAAUAAAAUUCAGUGGCUAGCUUUGAAGAAUGUCUAAAACAGUGUCCAGACAUCCCAGAUGUCAAAAUUUCAUCACCAUGAAUAUUUUUGUGUUCCCAAUUGGUGUGUGCUUUUAAACACCAGGUAUUUUAAUGCCUUCAUUUGAAGCAAAUUUAUAUUGCCCUUAUUGCAUUGUUUUUAAAUACAACAAUCGGUUUUGUAUUUAAAUUUGGUUGGAAUUUUCAAAUGGUUUCAACCAGGUAAUAUUUGAAAGAAACAAGUUAAUAAAAAGGCCAACACCUUCACAAUGAA